AACUUGUUCCAACUUGUUCAUUUUGGAAUAAUUUUAGCAGAGAGGUUGUAAACCGCCCACAACUCACAGUUUAGUGAAUAAACAAGUCGACACUCAUUUAUACUGUGAAAUUUAAAUUGCCUUUUGAUUUUCACUUUUUAGUAACGCCAAAUGACCUAAAUUACCCUUGUGAUCCAAAAUCCACUAUUGUUCUGUUGGGAGGGUUUUGCUAAGUUUAGCUUGUAACUCAUAUCAAUGCCAGACAGUUUGCAAAGCGAUUAAAUGUUUGGCAAUGGGAUUGGGAACGUACCAUGUCCUUGAACAGCUGCCAAGACCUGUAUAGUAUUGACUCUGUUUAGUUGCAGGGUUUAUCAAAUGUCCCCAAUAGCCAAUUGCAAACCCUGUUCCUAAUCCAGAUUAAUACUAUGAACUGUUACAGUUAGAACAUCAGAUUUGUACCCUCCUCCCCACAGGCGUUCCCUAUCUACCCAUAACUAGAGAUGAUAGAACGUCAGUGAGCCUAGUAACAUUUUAUCUCCUGUAGGACCUGCUGAGUGUUUCAUACUCCCGGCUUAGUGAUUACAAUGGGAUUCCUGAAGCCAAGGGUCACUUUGUGCUGUGUGUUGCUGAGUGUCUUCGUAACAGGACAAACAGACGAGCAACCCUUGGUGACCACUAAAUAUGGGAAACUACUUGGGAGAAAGGUGAAGGUAUUGGAGACAGACAGACCAGUAGACACUUUUAUGGGAAUCCCUUUUGCAAAGCCACCAGUUGGGGAAUUAAGAUUAGCUAAUCCUCAGCCCCCAGAACCAUGGAACUCUAUCAGGGAUGCAACUAAAGACCCACCCAUGUGUUUACAAAACCAGAGAUUAAUGGAAUUGAUAAAGGAGUUUUUCAAGAUUGAGACUCCGUCGCCCCCUAUUUCCGAGGAUUGCUUAUACCUUAACGUUUUCACUCCAGGAGACCGAGAAAAUAAUUCUAAACUACCAGUUAUGAUGUUUAUACAUGGUGGAGGCUUACAACUUGGAGGAGCCACGUUUUUUGAUGGCGCUGCAUUGAGUGCUUAUGAAAAUGUUGUAACUGUGUCGAUCCAGUACAGACUGGCAAUCUUGGGAUUCGCAAGUACUGGGGACGAUGACUUACCGGGCAAUUAUGGGUUUAUGGAUCAAGUUGCAGCUCUUCAGUGGAUCCAAGAAAACAUUAAAGAUUUUGGAGGAGAUCCCGAGUCUGUCACUGUUUUUGGAGAAUCUGCAGGUGGUUUGAGUACCUCUGCUUUGGUGUUAUCUCCCUUAGCCAAAGGCUUAUUCCACAGGGCCAUUGCGGAGAGUGGAACUGCCCUAUUACGUAGCCUGAUAGUCAGUGACCAAAGAGGAAUUAUUUCCAGACGAAAUUAUGUUGCCAAUAAAUCCGGCUGUGAUCCUGAUACGUUGGCGGAAUGCUUGAAAACAAAAACUGAAAAAGAAAUCCUUUUGAUUUCGGAUUCCAUGGGACUUUUAGAUGUACCUGGAUGUGUAGAUGGGGUGUUUCUACCCAAACCUCCAGAAGAGAUUAUGGCGAAUAAGAAAAGCAAUAAUGUUCCCUUCAUGAUUGGCACCAAUAACCAAGAGUUUGGCUGGCUAAUAUUUCAGAUGAUCAACAUAAGCGGUUUUCAAGAUGGAAUGGAUAAAGAAACAGUCCGGUCACUACUGGAAUCCUUUUACUUUUUGGAAUUGACUGAAAAAGCCAUCCCUUUGGUAAUGGAGGAAUAUUUUGUGGACACAAGUGAUACUUCUGUAAUCCGAGACCGAUUCCUCGAUUUGAUUGGUGAUAUAAUGAUUGUUAUACCAGCUAUCAAGACAGCAAAAUAUCACAGAGAGUCUGGAUUUCCGGUUUAUUUCUAUGAAUUCCAGCAUCCAUUAGCUGUUGCAAAGAAUACAAGGCCAGACUAUGUUAAAUCAGAUCAUGGGGACGAACUUUACUAUGUUAUGGGAGCCCCAUUCCUUCAUUCUGAUGCCUCCGCCAAAGAUGGUACAACAGAGGAGGAAAUGAAUCUGAGCAAAACAAUGAUGAAAUAUUGGGCCAACUUUGCUCGAAAUGGAGAUCCCAACGGACCAGGUCUCGUAAAAUGGCCAAGAUAUCAAGAAAAUGAAGCUUACAUGCAACUUGACUUGGAACAGAAACCCUCAGAAAAGUAUAAAGCAAACAAGUUUGUUUUCUGGACCAAAACUCUUCCAGAGACCAUUCAAAAGAUGUCAGAGGAAAGAAGAGAACUGUAGAUUUGUAUAGAUCAUCAUAGCUAUCAACCAAAAAUGGUUAAGACAAUCACUGCUAAGUUGCUCAAGGUCUGUCUAGCUUGUGUUUGUCUCCACCUCUGGAUCAGUCCUCAAGGAUCUGUCAUUUAGCAAUCAGUCAAUUCUGCUCCAGCCAGGAGCACUGACAAAAUAAUGGGCAAUUCUAUCUCAUUUCUGCAAUAUACAUUCUCUUUCAAGCCGCUGUAAGAUGACUAUUCAUCAGAAACCAGGCAAGCUCUCAACUAAUGGUUUGAUGUCACCUUGAAUCACUAAAACUGGUUUAAGUUAUGUUAGGUAAUUUAUAAAAGUGCCAAUUAAAGUUUUGACCAUCUUUAUUUGUACAUUUUAAGAGAUGAUAACGGUACAGUACUACUCAAAGUUGGCAUCAACACUGCACAGAUCACGAUAUGAAACCCAAAUUUGUAAAUCGUUCAACUUAUACAAUAGAAGGGAUACAUGAGCAUGAACCAGAAAUAAAGGAGCAUAACACAA